AUGGGGAAAACUCAUUUUCUCGACAAUAUUUUUCAGAAAAUAAAAGAAGAAAAUUUAACAAUUCUGCGAUCAAUUAUUCAAUUUGUAUCCACAAUAAAAUUCAACAAAAAGACUCUUCAAAUGGAGUGCUUGUUGUUCAUUGGUCGCUUUUCCUUCCUGGCAAGCAUUUCAAGUGCUUACUCGAAAGAAUUCCCGACCAAAAAUAAACUCAGGCUUAUUAAAAAUUUCGAUUCCAUGUUGCCUAAGGAAACCUCCCGUGUCGAGGCCUGUGUUGGGCUGCCGUUUUUCGUAAAGUGA